ACCCCAUUACACAGUACUUCAAGCUCUAGCAGCUCCACUUCAACUACGUCAAGUAGCAGUGUGAGUAGCUCAACAUCAACUUCCUCCAGUUCAAGUGUGUCCACACCCACUACAACAAUUUACUCAACGUAUUCAAGUGUUAGCAGUUCAACUUCAACUUCCUCGAGUUCCAGUGUGAGUAGCUCUACUUCAACCUCGUCAAGUUCUAGUGUCUCGACACCAACCACUACAACCUCCUCGACCAGCGUUAGCACAAGUGUGUCAAGCAGUACAUCAUCAAGCUCGUCAAGUUCCAGUGUGUCCACGCCAACCACAACUGUUUACUCGACAUAUUCAAGUGCGAGCAGUUCAACUUCCACUUCAUCCAGUUCUAGUGUGAGUAGUUCAACCUCAACUUCGUCGAGUACCAGUAUCAGUAGCUCUACUUCAACAUCAUCAAGUUCUAGUGUGUCGACGCCAACUACAACAACUUCAUCUUCUACGAGCGUCAGCUCAAGUGUGUCAAGCAGUACAUCAUCAAGCUCAUCAAGUUCCAGUGUGUCCACGCCAACCACAACGGUUUACUCGACAUAUUCAAGUGCGAGCAGUUCAACUUCCACUUCAUCCAGUUCUAGUGUGAGUAGUUCAACCUCAACUUCGUCGAGUACCAGUGUCAGUAGCUCUAUUUCAACGUCAUCAAGUUCUAGUGUGUCGACGCCAACUACAACAACUUCAUCUUCUACGAGCGUCAGCUCAAGUGUAUCAAGCAGUACAUCAUCAAGCUCAUCAAGUUCCAGUGUGUCCACGCCAACCACAACGGUUUACUCGACAUAUUCAAGUGCGAGCAGUUCAACUUCCACUUCAUCCAGUUCUAGUGUGAGUAGUUCAACCUCAACUUCGUCGAGUACCAGUGUCAGUAGCUCUAUUUCAACAUCAUCAAGUUCUAGUGUGUCGACGCCAACUACAACAACUUCAUCUUCUACAAGCGUCAGCUCCAGUGUGUCAAGCAGUACAUCAUCAAGUACGUCAAGUUCCAGUGUGUCCACACCAACCACAACGGUUUACUCGACAUAUUCAAGUGCGAGCAGUUCAACUUCCACUUCAUCCAGUUCUAGUGUGAGUAGUUCAACCUCAACUUCGUCGAGUACCAGUGUCAGUAGCUCUACUUCAACAUCAUCAAGUUCUAGUGUGUCGACGCCAACUACAACAACUUCAUCUUCUACAAGCGUCAGCUCAAGUGUGUCAAGCAGUACAUCAUCAAGCACGUCAAGUUCCAGUGUGUCCACGCCAACCACAACGGUUUACUCGACAUAUUCAAGUGCGAGCAGUUCAACUUCCACUUCAUCCAGUUCUAGUGUGAGUAGUUCAACCUCAACUUCGUCGAGUACCAGUGUCAGUAGCUCUACUUCAACAUCAUCAAGUUCUAGUGUGUCGACGCCAACUACAACAACUUUAUCUUCUACGAGCGUCAGCUCAAGUGUGUCAAGCAGUACGUCAUCAAGCUCAUCAAGUUCCAGUGUGUCCACGCCAACCACAACGGUUUACUCGACAUAUUCAAGUGCGAGCAGUUCAACUUCCACUUCAUCCAGUUCUAGUGUGAGUAGUUCAACCUCAACUUCGUCGAGUACCAGUGUCAGUAGCUCUACUUCAACAUCAUCAAGUUCUAGUGUGUCGACGCCAACUACAACAACUUCAUCUUCUACGAGCGUCAGCUCAAGUGUGUCAAGCAGUACGUCGUCAAGCUCAUCGAGUUCCAGUGUGUCCACGCCAACCACAACGGUUUACUCGACAUAUUCAACUGCGAGCAGUUCAACUUCCACUUCAUCCAGUUCUAGUGUGAGUAGUUCAACCUCAACUUCGUCGAGUACCAGUGUCAGUAGCUCUACUUCAACAUCAUCAAGUUCUAGUGUGUCGACGCCAACUACAACAACUUCAUCUUCUACAAGCGUCAGCUCCAGUGUGUCAAGCAGUACAUCAUCAAGUACGUCAAGUUCCAGUGUAUCCACACCAACCACAACGGUUUACUCGACAUAUUCAAGUGCGAGCAGUUCAACUUCCACUUCAUCCAGUUCUAGUGUGAGUAGUUCAACCUCAACUUCGUCGAGUACCAGUGUCAGUAGCUCUACUUCAACAUCAUCAAGUUCUAGUGUGUCGACGCCAACUACAACAACUUCAUCUUCUACAAGCGUCAGCUCAAGUGUGUCAAGCAGUACAUCAUCAAGCACGUCAAGUUCCAGUGUAUCCACACCAACCACAACGGUUUACUCGACAUAUUCAAGUGCGAGCAGUUCAACUUCCACUUCAUCCAGUUCUAGUGUGAGUAGUUCAACCUCAACUUCGUCGAGUACCAGUGUCAGUAGCUCUACUUCAACAUCAUCAAGUUCUAGUGUGUCGACGCCAACUACAACAACUUCAUCUUCUACGAGCGUCAGCUCAAGUGUGUCAAGCAGUACGUCGUCAAGCUCAUCAAGUUCCAGUGUGUCCACGCCAACCACAACGGUUUACUCGACAUAUUCAAGUGCGAGCAGUUCAACUUCCACUUCAUCCAGUUCUAGUGUGAGUAGUUCAACCUCAACUUCGUCGAGUACCAGUGUCAGUAGCUCUACUUCAACAUCAUCAAGUUCUAGUGUGUCGACGCCAACUACAACAACUUCAUCUUCUACGAGCGUCAGCUCAAGUGUGUCAAGCAGUACGUCGUCAAGCUCAUCAAGUUCCAGUGUGUCCACGCCAACCACAACGGUUUACUCGACAUAUUCAAGUGCGAGCAGUUCAACUUCCACUUCAUCCAGUUCUAGUGUGAGUAGUUCAACCUCAACUUCGUCGAGUACCAGUGUCAGUAGCUCUACUUCAACAUCAUCAAGUUCUAGUGUGUCGACGCCAACUACAACAACUUCAUCUUCUACAAGCGUCAGCUCCAGUGUGUCAAGCAGUACAUCAUCAAGUACGUCAAGUUCCAGUGUAUCCACACCAACCACAACGGUUUACUCGACAUAUUCAAGUGUGAGCAGUUCAACUUCCACUUCAUCCAGUUCUAGUGUGAGUAGUUCAACCUCAACUUCGUCGAGUACCAGUGUCAGUACCUCUACUUCAACAUCAUCAAGUUCUAGUGUGUCGACGCCAACUACAACAACUUCAUCUUCUACAAGCGUCAGCUCAAGUGUGUCAAGCAGUACAUCAUCAAGCACGUCAAGUUCCAGUGUAUCCACACCAACCACAACGGUUUACUCGACAUAUUCAAGUGCGAGCAGUUCAACUUCCACUUCAUCCAGUUCUAGUGUGAGUAGUUCAACCUCAACUUCGUCGAGUACCAGUGUCAGUAGCUCUACUUCAACAUCAUCAAGUUCUAGUGUGUCGACGCCAACUACAACAACUUCAUCUUCUACAAGCGUCAGCUCAAGUGUGUCAAGCAGUACAUCAUCAAGCACGUCAAGUUCCAGUGUAUCCACACCAACCACAACGGUUUACUCGACAUAUUCAAGUGCGAGCAGUUCAACUUCCACUUCAUCCAGUUCUAGUGUGAGUAGUUCAACCUCAACUUCGUCGAGUACCAGUGUCAGUAGCUCUACUUCAACAUCAUCAAGUUCUAGUGUGUCGACGCCAACUACAACAACUUCAUCUUCUACGAGCGUCAGCUCAAGUGUGUCAAGCAGUACGUCAUCAAGCACAUCAAGUUCCAGUGUAUCCACACCAACCACAACGGUUUACUCGACAUAUUCAAGUGCGAGCAGUUCAACUUCCACUUCAUCCAGUUCUAGUGUGAGUAGUUCAACCUCAACUUCGUCGAGUACCAGUGUCAGUAGCUCUACUUCAACAUCAUCAAGUUCUAGUGUGUCGACGCCAACUACAACAACUUCAUCUUCUACGAGCGUCAGCUCCAGUCUGUCAAGCAGUACGUCAUCCAGCUCGUCUAGUUCGAGUGUAUCAACACCAACGACAACAGUGUUCUCGACAUACUCAAGUGCGAGCAGUUCGACUACUUCUUCGUCAAGUUCUAGUGUAAGUAGUUCCACGUCGACUUCGUCGAGUUCCAGUGUUUCAACACCCACCACAACAACUUCAUCUUCUACGAGCGUCAGCUCAAUUGUGUCAAGCAGUACAUCAUCCAGCUCGUCUAGUUCGAGUGUGUCCACACCAACAACUACGGUGUACUCUACGUAUUCAAGUGUGAGCAGUUCUAGUACUUCAAGGUAUGAACGCAGUAUGCUAGUGGCUGUAAAUCGUAGAUUUACACUCAGAAUUGAAUUAUAUAGUCGAAGUCUCAAUGUGCUUAUCAGAUUAUGGAAAUUAACUAUACUGAGUUUUUUUAAAGGGCAAACACUGCGAUUUUCAUGUUAGAGGUAUACUCUGAUACUCUGUAGUAGUUAUGUUUUGGUGCUUUCUCUCUGGUUCUCGUUUAGGCACUUUCGUUUUCGUAUAUUCUCUUUUUCUAUUUUUCCUACGCUGUUUGUAAACAAUGUAAUAUGCAUACGUCAAGCAUAUUGAGUUCUUGAAUGAGAACGUCCCCGUGAAUUAUAGUUUUUACGGUUAUUUCUUUUACCUUCCCGGACAAGGUCAUACAAAGUUUCCUUUUAAAGAUUACUGAAAUGCUGCAAAGUUUCUGUUUGUUGUCUCAGUUGCUCAAGUAUAUCACGAUUAGACUGGUCGUUUCUCAGUUGAUUCGAGGGUAGAACAUGGGUGAUGCGUUCUAUUACUUUCAAUUUUGGGUUAGUUUUGUUUAAGAGACUUUAAGUGCUGUGCUAUGUUGUUUUAAAUGACCUAGUUAGUACUUUCGCAAUUUGCAAAGUAGCCUCCUACUUAGACAUUCUUAGGGGUUCGUUACGCGUUCCUGUUCCUCGAACGAGGUUCGUCAGGGAGAAUUGCCGGAUGACCCAAACGAACGUCUGCGUGGGAGGCAAUUCGCAAAACCGACGGAACACCAACUACGUCCAUUAUUCCAACUGCGACCAUUUGUGGCUGACAACGCCUUUGCACUAAUAUGUUAAUAAAAACGUUAACGUCAACGAGAGACGAGUGACAACUCGAGGUGUACGUUAAGAAGAGUCAAGUAUCACGUGUUUUCUUGAAAAUUGUUUUGUUUCUGUUUUGUUUUUUAUAAACACAAAUUGGCUUGAAUGGAUAUCCCCAUCUUUUCAGGCAAAAUUUAUUCUCAUUAUACACUUGCCUGUUACUUUAUUUUUAUCACGUAACUUAUUUUUCAAUGGAUGCUUAGUAAAAAGAAACAAACUGUAAACGUGCACUUGCUCUGGUGACUUUUUUGUGGCUUCCUUUAACCAUCUAAGUGUUAUUUUUGUUAUCGUGCCUUUUUGCUUACAUUUGAUUGCUGUCUCUCUUUGUUUAAGUUACCAUGCAUUCUGGUAGGAACUAAUAAUGGCGUUUAACCGACUAAAUUAAUUAUACUCUUCCUCAGUUCCACUUCUACAUCAAGCUCGCCAUCCUCUUCGACGACUUCCACUUCAUAUAAAUCGGUUUCUCAGAAGAGCACAGCCACUGUGUACCCAUCUACUGUGACGAGGACUACAGGGACACAAUACACUGUAGGAACAUCGAGUAGGACGCCACCAAGCUUGAAACCGCCGUCACGAACCUCGAGAUUAAGCUCACCGAGCAGGUUACUAGCCUUGUUGAUUUAUGCGAAAGCAGCGAAAAACUAAAAGCUCUUAUAAGCAAAGCAGCAACUCUGCACGUGUAUCAAACUUUUUGGUAAAUUUCUCUUUUGUCAUUAGACCACUACGUCGUACAGUUACUGAAGUUUACGUUUAGUGGAGGACAACUACAAAAGACGACGAAUUUUUUUCUGAACGUGAGAACGUGUUGUACGAAUUAAACUAAAGGAAAAUAUGACUAUCCGACGUGCUAAACAGAUGGAAUUAUACUGAUGCGCUUUCAAACACCGCGAGUUGACUUUUUAAGUGACGGUCUCGCUGCUGUCACCAUCGCCGUCGCCGUCUGGAUUACUUUUUAUCGAUCUUAAGCAACAACGAAGGCGACAGUUGCGAAGACCUCACUUGAAAAGUGAAGUCGCUCUGCUUCAAACUUUAUCGCGCUUAUUCCAUGUCGUUCAAUUCGUCAAAUGUUGGCAUUUUUUUCUGCAGAUUAAUUCUAAAAGACUGUAUCAAAGUUCAGGAAAAGAAAAAGAAUGUCGUCGUCUUGUGUUCACGUCCUCCCCAAAACGUUUAAUUAUGCAUUUUCACCCCGUAGUCGUGCACAGACAGCAAAGAAAUAUACAAAAAAGCGUGAUGCACGUGCGGAGUUGUUGUUUUGCUAAUCUAAACGUAUUGCCUUUUUGCUGUUCUCGUUGAUGUCGCCGUCUUCGUUUCAUGAGCUCCCUAAGAAAUAUGACCCAAUUGCGUAAUAUGAUAAGCCGUUUCAAUAGACUGUCAAUCGAAAUGCUAAGGGAGGCAUAAUUACUUGUUGUACUAACGAUUCUCCAUUCGAAGGUUAGCUUGCAUUAAGGAUUAACAUGAUCUCGUAAUCACAGAAUUUGAUUUGAAGAAAAUAAAUGAUCUUCACCAGCCAUCCAGAAGUAAGAAAAGUUGGGAUGAUUUGGCUGAACGUCGAAAUGGACAACCUAAAAACAUCCCCAUAGGAAGUUUGUAGUCGUUACGUAAUGCUGAAAGUGUAGUUUCCUUUUCACUUCAGUUGUAAUAACUGAUAAUGGUCUGUGUCUGUUUUGUGCUACGUAGACCAAAAGAAAUCCCUUCUAUAAAAUAAAGUCUUAUUUAUGGCUACCCUGCGCACAGACGAAACUAAAUCUCUUGUCAAGUCCGUGUGCGAACCAACGCCAAAAUCCUUGUUCUGUGUCCCAGGUUGGUACCAAGAUUCGAGUACGCGCCAUGAAUGACUUGCUUAAAAAAAAAUUCAAUUAAUGUCAGUCGGGUGGAAGGGAAAUACAAAACGCAUUUCUGGUAAUUUGUUGAGUCCGUUGAGGCCCAGAAAGAGGAGUUAGCGCUGCUUCACAGAAAUUACUAGCCGAGGUUAGAUAACGUCUGCAACGCAUGCUAAUAGAGACCUUUAGAUUCUAAGACGAGUACGAGAUUUUCUCAAUACUAAGUGUUGCAUGCGCGUGAGUCAGCGUCAUUUUGGCGGGAAACAUUGUAGCUGUCGUCAUUCUACUACGAGUUUUAGCGCGAAUGUCGUGCUGGCGAAAGCAAGAUAUCAAAUGUUACAUGUUUUAUCAUUUUGCGUUCAGGAGAGGGUGUAACCUCCUUUACUAAAGAUAACAAUGCUAACUUUUCUGGUGAAAAAUUGUAAAAUGAAGCUUACCGGGAAGUGAUAUUUUGAGAAGACCCGAAAAAACUUCAAGCCAAAUCUCGUACUUGUAGUCGUCCUCGUCCUCGAAUCUAAAGGUCUCAAUAUAUGGCAUAGCAAUUCAGAAGUCAAACUAACCACUGUUUACAAACCUUUCACCACUUACAGUUCGACAAGCUCGUCUAGUUCAACUGUGAGCAGUUCAACUUCAACUUCUUCCAGCUCCAGUGUGAGUAGCUCAACGUUAACCUCGUCGACUUCCAGUUUAAGCAGUUCAACAUCAACAUCAUCCAGC